AUGAGAGUCGUUCUAUCAGUCCUGUCAGCGGCAGCUGUCGCCUCAGCUUUCGUGAUCCCAGAUCAAGCUACUCUCGAGGCUUUGUCCAUUCAAAAUCAAGACGUUGAACAACCCAAAGAGCAUCCGUUCUGGGACAAAGCCCAUCAAGCCGAGAACUUCUGGGAAGACCUUGAAGAAGAAUUCACAAAGGCAGCGAACUGCGCAAAACAUAAGUUCAGUGAGGUAGUUGAGUCGGUCCAUGACACGGCUGUCAAGUAUGGCGAACAAUUCCAGGAUGCCUUUGCAGGUGAAGCUUGGAUAGAUACUGCAGACUAUGACCUUGAUUUGGUCGAUGAGCCUCCUCACCACGGCCCUCCACACCACGGUCCGCCUGGUCGUCACCCACCAGGAAAGAAGCCGCACCACCCUCCGCAUCACCACACUCCCAAUGAGACCGUGUACCAGUUGAUCUCCAAGAGCAAGUACACUACGAAGCUGGCUGCCGUGAUCGACGAGUUUCCCGACCUUGUCGAUCUUCUCAAUGGUACAAAGGCCAAUUACACCGUGUUUGCCCCAACCGACCGAGCGUUUGAAAAGAUCCCCAAGCAUGCUCCAAAGCCACCCAAGGAGUUCUUGAAGAAGCUCCUCACGUACCAUGUGUCGACUGAAUUCUACCCAGCAGGUCGUGUGCUGGUCAGUCGCACCAUCCCGACUGCUCUCGAAGCUGAAUACAUCGGCAAGGUGCCACAGCGGAUCUCUACUCAAAUCUCACUGAAAGGCUUGACCCUUAACUUUUACUCCCGCGUUGUUGCCAUUGACAUCUUUGGCACCAACGGAGUCAUUCAUGGCAUCGAUAGUCUUCUCCUUCCGCCGCCUAAGGUGGUCGACAUUCUUUCUCUCCUGCCAGGGGAGUUCAGUACCCUCGACCUUGCUCUGGAGAAGACUGGCCUCUAUCCAAUCUUCAAUGACACCUCAAGCCACAAGGGAGGCACACUUUUCGCGCCGUCCAACUUUGCCUUCCAACGUCUUGGAUCCAAGAUCAACGCUUUCCUCUUCAGCAAGUUCGGCCAGAAAUACCUCAAGGCGUUGAUCCUGUAUCAUGCAGGCGACAAUAUCACCCUCUACUCGGAUGCCAUCUACAAGCUCGAUUCGGCUGCUGCUCCACAUCACAUGGUCCCCAAGGGACACAUCCACGUUGAUCUCCCCACGGGUCUGGAAGGCAAGAGCUUGAGUAUUGACAUUGGUCGAUACGGCCGCUUAAUCACCAUGAAGAUCAAUGCCUUCACCCGCGUCAGUGUACUUGAUGGUAUUGCUGCUGAUGGUGUCAUCCACGUGGUCCCGAACGUGCUGAUCCCACCCAAGACACCCGGUGGUCCUGGAGUUGCCGAGGAUGACAUGGACCUUGAAGAGUUCAAGGCAAGGAUGGCUCCUCUCGUUGAGGGAGGAGAUGACAGCUCCGAAUGGGAGGAAGAUGUUGCCGAGCUAUAG